UCCCAAUUAAUUAGCCGACAAAACGACAACGUUUUUAGUGAAAAAACCUGCCCAUUUUUUUUAUUAAUUUUGAAAGUAAAAUACCUGCCGAUUUAAAAAUUUAAAAAUUCAAUAUUUAGGGUUUAUUUGUGGAGUUUUAGAGCUGAAGUCGAGGGUACUAUUCUGGUAAAUCAAAUUUUAAAAAAUCAUUAUUGUUUCUCCUUUAAUAAAUCUACGAUGGAUUCAAAUUCAAUGUUGGACGAGAGUAAAUUUGAUGUGCAAUUGAAGCUAUAUGCAUUGAGAAUCCCUCGUGAACUCUGCAGCAAAGCCACUCGCUCACUUAAUGGAUAUGUACUUGAUAAACCCCGCGUUAAACCUAUUAUUGAAGAUCCUAAUUGCGAAAAGAACCGUUAUUUGAUAUUAUCUGAACGUGUUCAAAAUAAUGAUUUGAGUGAUGUUCCAGCUGAAAAACUUGAUGAAUUAAAAAAAGUAUGCAAGAUUGAAGUAGUUCCUUAUUCAAUCACACUUGGAUAUUCCUACUGGACUGCAGAUCACAUAUUGAAGCAGAUCCUGCCUCCUGGAGUUGAGGUCCCUUCAUCUUUCGAAACAAUAGGUCAUGUUGCCCAUCUGAAUAUACAUGAUGAAUUGCUUCCUUACAAGGAUGUCAUUGCUAAGGUUAUUUAUGAUAAAAAUUAUCCCAGGAUCAAAACUGUUGUUAAUAAAGUUGGAACAAUUACAAAUGAGUUUCGAGUGCCAAAGUUUGAAGUAUUGGCCGGAGAAAAUGAUUUUAUCACAGAAGUGAAGCAAUAUGGGGCUACAUUCAAGCUUGAUUAUGGUUUGGUUUACUGGAAUUCAAGGUUGGAACAUGAACAUAUAAGGCUGGUUUCUCAAUUUAAACCUGGUGAAACAAUAUGUGAUAUGUUUGCUGGUAUUGGUCCUUUUGCAAUUCCAGCAGCACAGAAAGGAUGUGUUGUUUAUGCAAAUGAUUUGAAUCCAGAUAGUUUUCAAUAUUUGAAGAUCAAUGCAAAACUCAAUAAGGUUGAUAAUCUUGUUUUUGCACACAACAUGGAUGCUAGAAAAUUUAUUUCCCAUGUGAUGACAGCACCGUCUUGUGAAAGUCAUUUAGAAUCUGAUGCUUCAACUCUUAAAGCAUGCGGGAUUCAGAGGAUACAUGCCAAUGAGGAAACAGAGGUUGCAGCCGCGGUGACGGAAGCACCUCAUGAGAUUGCAAGUGAUCACAUGCUUGCACAAGAUCAAUGUAGGCAGGCAGAUGCGCCUGUAGCUGCAUUUAAAAGGCCUUCAAAUUGCAGCCAGGAAGAAACUGAAAACGCCCAUGAUGCUGCUAUGUCCUCUACUUCUAAGAAAAAAGGGAGUGCAAAUAAGAAGAUGAGAGUCACUGAGUUGGCAAAUACUAGGCCUUGGGAGCAUGUCGAUCAUGUGAUAAUGAACCUUCCUGCUUCUGCUUUGCAAUUUCUAGAUUCUUUUAGGGGCAUUAGUCAAAGGGAAUAUUGGAAGGGAAGUCUUCCCUGGAUUCACUGCUAUUGCUUUAUACGGGCAACUGAAACCCAAGAAUCUAUUAUCUCGGAGGCAUCGUCUACAAUAGGUGCCCCUAUCCAAGAUCCUGUUUUUCAUAGGGUUAGGGAUGUUGCUCCGAAUAAGGCAAUGUUUUGCUUAAGCUUUAGGUUUCCGGAAAAAUGUUUGAAAGAUGCUGCGGGUAGCCAUCAAUCUACUAAUGGAGAUUUAGAAUUAGUCACAACUUAUGUGAAUGAUUAUUUCUAGGCCGGACUUUUAUCGAUCUAUUUGUUUAGUUUAUUUGUUUAGUUCUUCGGCGAACUUAGUUCCUUUUACUUGAAACAUAAGUAGAAGCGUGAAGGAAAAGCUUAGCAGCAGAGAGCCAGAGACACAAACAAAUGUAAUGUAAGGUACAAUUUUAUUUUUGAUUGAAUUUUGUCCUUAAUUCAAUGUAAAUUAACACUUGUAACAUUUGAGCGAUUUUUGAUCAUUCUCUACAUGAUCAUUAAGCAGUAGGAUAUUUUGGAUUUAUACUACUUAUAUUUGUCUUUUAUGAAAUGAUCUACAGUUUAUUAA